CCGGAUCUUCUUCACCUGGUUGCGACGUCUACGCAGUCGGUAGAGUUCGGACGUCCCCAAACGUCUUGGUCCAGGUCCGGGUCCUUGGUCCAUGCGUUUUCAACAGAGGGCGUAAACGCGCAAGGCAUCGAAGUCGGAUAUCCGCUGGCAAUCCUUUGGCAGCAGCCUCGUCGUCUUGGGCAAGGCCGCGUUCUCAGGACCGCCGCUCGCUUCUCCUGCAGAGAUCUCUUGCCGUACCUUUGUACAGAAGAACAGUACCGUCCGUGGCCUGCGUCCCCAGCGGGAAGGCUCGGAACCCGGAGCGUCCCGGCCCUGGCACCCCGAAUCCCCGAGCCUCCCCGUGUCCCCUGCCCAGGGCCUCCAUCUCACGGGCACUCAUGCAGUCCGAGCGAGAGCAUCGAGGCGCUCUCGGCCCCCACCUUCCGUCUCGUGCUCCGAGGCGCCGGCGAACUUUCGGGUCACGACCCAGCCCGGGGAAGUUCAACGUACUAUUCCAGAUGAUUGACGACUGGGGGCAGGCGAAAAAGUUCACAUUUGCUUGUGAUUCCGAUGGAGGGCCAGUGAGCGCAUAAGUACUCGACGCCCGCUCUCGUUUCGACAGCGGUGGUGGUGGAUAGCGAGUGAGUGCUGUAGUUUGUUGCGUGGAGUGUUGCGAGCUCGAUCAGUUUGCGAGUUUGUUGGUACGGGCUGCGGCCGUGGCUGGGUCCGGCGAGAAGGUAAGCUUAAAUUAUUGCGCCGAGGGGAGAAGACGAGAGUAGAGGAGAGGAGAGGAGAGGUGUGAUUUGGCGCCAUGGGGGUGGUGUUCAUCGACGGCAGCACGGUGCGGGACUUCGUGAAGGAUGAGGCGGCCUUCUUCAGGGCCGUGGAUCCGCUGUUCAAAGCGCUGGACGUGAACAAUGACGGAGUGCUGUCACGCUCCGAGCUGAGGCCUGCUUUCGAGAGCUUGAACCUGAUCGAGAGUCAUUUGGGCGUGCCCGACAAGAAGACUCCCGACGAGCUCAUGGCCAUCUACGACAGCGUGUUCGAGAAAUUCGACACCGACCACAACGAGACGGUGGACCACGCCGAGUUCCGCGAGCAGAUCAAGCAGAUCCUGCUGGCGGUGGCCGACGGCUUGGGCGAGUCGCCUCUCAACAUGGUCGUCGACGACGACAGUCUGCUCGCCAGGGCCGUGGAGCGCGAGCAGCAAGAGAUUCAGCAGAGCCGCAAGGCUUAGCCUCCGGAACCUUCUUUUUUUUCUCUCGAGUGUUAGCUGCUCUGGCCCUCGGUUCUUUUUGCAGGAUGCAAGUCCCUUGGCCUCUCUCCCGUGGUGCACACUGUCUUAGGCUCUGAGUGCGUGCCACAUUCCCCGUCUUACUCUCUGAGUAUUGAUCGGUUCAGUGCUCGGCGCUGGCUUCAGUAUGCGGCCGGAAUCGAGAGGAGAAUUAGGAGACUUGGUCAAGAAGCCUCAAUCUUUCCGCACUCGCUUGCUGAGUGCGACCCCGAAAGAUAGUGUGCAUAUUUUUGUAUGUAAUUUGUAUAUAAUGGAUAUUUAAAUUGGCGUGACGGUGCACAAGCUGCCGCCCAAUGCUUUACAGAUACUACCAGCUGUUCCUUUUAGGCCAUUUCUCAAAGUCUCUCAAAGUGUCAUUGGCGGGUCUGAUGAUAGCUUAAUUUCAUGCUUUUUUAAUCGUACGAAGUAAGGACAUUCAUAAGAUCGUUAUUUCGUACAGAUCGAUGCGAACGUGGAUGAAAUUUCGAUAGAAGGGUGAUCAGAACUGCCGGUGAUUACUAGGAAGUUUGUUUUUUUAAUGUCAUUGAGAUUCAUGGCAUCGAUUGAGGUGGUCCACAGACCAAUCUGUUGCUUGUAUAAACCCAUGGACAGCGAUCACCGUCUCUGUUCGUCUUCUCACGUUUCUUCUUCCAUUGUCGGAUGAAAGGGUGGACUCUCUACCUGUUGCCAGUGCUCAGCGCUGUUGUCCUGCUCUGACACGAUGGAGAGCGGCACGACGCGUGUUGAUGUUGCACUCUUUUUUCCAUUACACACCUUCCUCGAAGAUGUGAUGUGAUGUGUAACGUAGUGUAGUGCACAGGCUGGGCAGUUUUUGUUGCACGAUUGCUUGAACCCCAUUCGAAACCAAAGCAAGUUUCAGCAGUUCAGCUCAGUAGAGUGGGUGCUCCGCUCUACCCUCUCGUCGAUUGAUGUCCUUGUGAAGCCCAAUGGUGGAAAAGAGGAAAAGUCAAUCGACACUUCAUGCGAGCUCUCCAGCCCAGUGCCAAGACGCUAUUGAGCAGGCCAUUGCGCCAUUUCCUCUUCGAUGUUGCAAUUUACUAGUUUCGUAUUUUAACACUAGUUCAAUUCCUGGGACAUAUCUAUCCUCAGGAUAAU